AAAAAAAAAAAAACAAAAAAAAAAAAUAGAACAAAUAAGAAAAAUUAAAGAAAACAAUAAACAGGAAGAGCAUCUGCCUUUAAAAUGGUUAGCGGUUCUUUAAAAAUAACCGAGCCUGGUGAAACGCCACUCAAAUAUCCGAAAUCUGUUGCUUAUAUUAUCAGCAAUGAGUUCUGCGAACGUUUCAAUUAUUAUGGCAUGAGAACCAUACUCGUUUUGUAUCUUACCAGUAAAUUGCAGUACGAUAAGGACACUUCCACCGUUCUAUUUCAUGUAUUUACAAUGUUGGUGUAUUUGUGCCCGCUGGUCGGGGCAAUUGUGGCGGACAGUUGGUUGGGUAAAUUUCGUACCAUCUUAUAUUUGUCGAUAGUGUACGCUAUUGGUGGCGUUAUCGUUUCGUUAGGUGCGGUCCCAAUAAUAACACUACCAAGAGAGCACGUCACUAUAGUGGGCCUUGUGCUGAUAGCAAUUGGCACGGGCGGUAUCAAACCUUGUGUUUCCGCUUUUGGCGGGGAUCAAUUUAAAUUGCCUGAACAAACCAAACAAUUGGCCACAUUCUUUUCGCUAUUCUAUUUUGCAAUAAACGCUGGCUCGACAAUUUCUACAUCUUUGACGCCAAUAUUACGUGAAGACGUUCAUUGUUUUGGUGAUAAGGAUUGUUUUUCCUUGGCUUUCGGUGUGCCAGCUUUUUUAAUGUUGGUAUCUGUUGUGAUUUUCGUAGCCGGCAAGCGUUUAUACAUAAUGAAACCGCCAGCGGGCAAUAUGAUUUUCGGUGUUUCUCAAUGCGUCGUUGAGGCGAUAGGAGGUUGGCGUCGUAAUCGUAAAUUGGAUAAAAAAGAACAUUGGUUGGAUUAUGCGGAACCAGUUGUUGGUAGAAAAAUGGUGGAAGAGACUAAAACCCUGAUGAAAAUACUUGUGCUUUUCCUGCCAUUCCCGAUAUUUUGGGCUCUAUUCGAUCAACAAGGUUCACGGUGGACCUUUCAAGCCACGCGAAUGGAUGGUGAAAUUCUGGGUUUCACGGUUAAGCCCGAUCAGAUGCAAGUCAUCAAUCCUUUAUUAAUUUUGGGUUUCAUACCGCUUUUUGAUUGCAUUGUAUAUCCAAUUUUGAAUACGUGUGGCAUUAAAAGACCUUUACAAAAGUUAACGUUGGGUGGCCUGCUGGCAGCUACAGCUUUCCUACUAUCCGCUUUUGUGGAGUUAAAAUUGGAAAUGGUUGAACCAGAGUUGCCUGGAGAUAUGACUUCACAGCUGAGAAUCUACAAUGGGAUGCCAUGUCGGUAUCGAUUCGAUACGGACCUUCCAAUGCCUGAUUUCAAAAAGGAAACGCAUUUGACAUCGUUAGGCGUGUGGGAAGAAAAAAACAUUAUGGCUCCACAAAUGAUAUCGUACAAGUUUAACGCUCAUGCAGUUGACGCAGCCUGUCCGGGCAUAUCUGGAGAAUUAAAUAUCAUACCCGAAAAAGCUGUGAGCUAUUUUAUAGCUGAAGAUCGCAUGCAUGAGUUUGAAGAUAAUCCAGAAAAGCCGAAAUUAGGUAAUCCGGUCAUUAGGGUGCUUUUGAAUGUGCCUCGACUUCAAGGUAAUUUCAGUCUAACCGAUUCGGCCGACGUUACCACUCCUGUAGAAGUCCUGAAUGCUACUCAACUAAUAACAGUGGCCCGAGGUGAAGUAAUUCUCACAUUUAACGAUUUGCCAGUGGUAAACGUAACAGCUCGUGCUGGUGGGGCUUACGUUAUUUUGGCGAAUGGCAACGUGAGAGAUGGAUUUAAUUCCGAGGUACAUAUUGUUACACAGCCCAAUUCCGUGCAUAUAAUGUGGCAAUUGCCACAAAUUAUGGUGAUAACAGCAGCGGAGAUUAUGUUUUCUAUCACUGGUCUUGAGUUCUCUUUCACUCAGGCUCCGCAAAGUAUGAAAUCCGUGCUGCAAGCUUGCUGGUUACUUUCCGUGGCAAUUGGUAACAUGCUAGUGGUGGUUAUAGCAAAAUCGAAAUUUUUCGAGUCACAGGCUGCCGAAUUUACUUUAUUUGCGGGUCUAAUGGCUGUCGAUAUGUUCAUUUUUAUGCUAUUAGCAAUGAAUUAUAAAUAUGCUGAGCCUGCUCAGGACGUGGAAGAAGGCGAUAAACCUGAAUCUGCGCCUGAUCCAUCUAUUCCACCCACUACUUCCAGAAUGCCACCGCCAGUUAUGCCUCGGCAAGCUUACACGGUUAUACCUUCUCUACAACAACAACAACAACCUCAGUCACCGCCACCUGAAAACUCUAAUUUGGCGCCAAACUUGCUCACCUACUCUUCGGGUCCUGAACAAACUGCUCAACGUUUUUCCUUGGCUUCUAUGUUCAAUACAAACAAUAAUCGUAGGCGGUCCACUCAAAAUGGUGUAACUAACCCGGCCUGUGAUAAUAGUGAACAACAAUAACAAACGAAAUGAAGAAAUGGGAAAACACAGCGAAACUAUAUUAUUAAUGUUUUAGAUUAAUUUUAGAGUUCCCUAUGUACCAAUUAUGUUAAAAACAAUUUUAUUUUUUACGUAUUAUUUUUUUUUUUUGUAUAUGUAUUAUACGCGUUUAAGCUGUGCUUAUGUGUACUUUGUAUAUUUUGUAGAAACUUUUUAGAAAUUAAUUUAAUAUAACAUUCUUUCUGGGAAUGUUUGAAUGGUAUAAGGUAUAGUCGUUUGAUCUUACACAUAAUUUUAAGUUAUCUCAAUGUAUUUAACAGUCUGCCGUUAACAAAAAUGAAGAUAUCGCCUAAAAA